AUGAAGCACAUCAAGGUCCAUGCGGCUGCAGCUGUGAAGUAUGCAAAGCUGGUUAGUGAAUUUUCGAACCUACCCGAUGGUCGAGGUGCCAACCACGCUCUACUCGCACGAUUCUUCGGGAGGUUGCUAUCGCAUGCAUCAUCUUCAACAAUUAUUUGCCACCAAGAAGAGCGUUUUGCUCUUGCAUAUACAUUUGAUAAAGCAGUUGACGAGAGGUCCGCUCAGAGCGAAACGAUAUGGGCCCUCAGCUCUGCUAUAGAAUACGAAUCAUGCUUUGACUUUGUGGACAAGACAAGCUCAGAGACCUCUAAGUCUUUGGGCAGGCUACUCUUUCUUCGCGGUUUCCCUUCUGCGGAGUGGUUGAGCCUUAUCGGUGCUAAGUACAAAAUUGAUUCGGAAAUCUUCAUGCGCUUUCUGCAUUUUAAACCAGCGAAAGAAUCCACUGUCAACUAUUCUUUGCCAGCUCUACCGACAGCAACAUGGAAUAUUCUUGAGCUUCCGAUAAUAACAAUAGGGGAAAGAAAAGUUCUUCCAGGUGUUGUACAUCAGGCUGAAGUGGAUAGCAUGCGCAAGGAAGCAAGUUCAAAAGUUCAAGAGCACCAUGAUCACCUACGCGGAUAUGAUAUCGCAGUGGCUUCUUCUAUAGUCAGAGAUGUUGCUAUUAUUGACCACAGUUGCUUCGCUCUCGAACAGCGCAUCUGGAUCUGUCAGCAACCGCUCAGAAGAAAAGACACUGAAGACGUUCAAUGGACAGUUGUUGUGUGGACAGACGCAGGUCAUAGACCAAGUAUCCAGUCUAUCUUGGAUCUCAAGGUCCUUCCGGAAGCAUUCCAGACCGAGGCAACAUCUCUUGCACCUGUCAUCGACUACAAACCGGGUACUGGCCUUAAAGCUCAGAAAUAUACUUCCCACGGGUAUGAACAUCCAAUCAGGGGCGCAGAGGCGGCAUCGCAACUUUGUGUUGGAUAUGGCCGAACUUUGUAUACAAAUGUCAUGGCAACCGACCCGCUCUACGCCCUGACUGAGGUGUUCAAUAUUACCACAGCCUCCUUAAACCAAUAUCUUAACCUCGUCGAGCAUAAGUUGGCUGGAUUCACUGACGACGAGCAUUACGACAAUUUUGACAUGCUAUCCAACCUACGCUACAGUAAAGACAUAUUAUAUCGGCAGCAACGGCAACUUGAACAGGUCAAUGCCUGGCUGAAGCUUUACCAGCUUCACGGAGGAAUUGGCUGGCGCACUACCAGUCAAGAAGAUCCCAAAGCAGCUCAGGCGCUAAUAUCAGUGGUCCAACGAUAUGAGUAUCUCCAGACACGUGUCAAAACAUUGCAAGCUCAAUGUCAGGAUGCUAUCUCCAGUCUUAUGAAUAGCAUCAAUUUGAAGGAGAUCAAGAAUUCUUACGAACAAUCUAAGCGCAUCGGCAAGCUCACUUUCCUGGCUUUCGUGUUUGCGCCAAUGUCGUUCACCACAUCCUUCUUCGCCAUGGACAUAGGCUUAAAGAACCUCUCGCUUAAAACUUGGGUUAUAGUGACGAUUGUUCUGGUGGGCAUAACAUUUGUCCCCUUGGUCUUCGACGUUAUGAGCUGGAUCAAGAGUCUGAGUAGGAAAUUGCGCAACAUGUUGGAAAAGGCGAGAUAUCUCUAA